AUGGAAUCAGAUCCUUUUAUUGAGAUCACAAUGCAACUGGCUAAUGUCGCAUUAAAUACUCAUGCCAUGGACACCAUGGAUCUACCUGUUAUUGCCCGUCUCUUAGGGAACUCUAGAGACCAUGACUGUCUAGAAAGCCUUGUCCAUUUACGUAUUCAUUUAACCCAAAAAAUAAAUGACAGCUCGCAUGCUAUGGAAAUAGUGAUAGCGUGGGGGCUCCUCGAACGUCUUCGUUGUCUUUUACAAAUUAAUGAACCUGAUAUUCAAUUCGAGUGCGCGUGGAUUAUUACAAACCUUGCAGCAGGAGAACCUAAAUACCAAAAGCAUAUAAUUGAUGCCGGAUUUUUCCUUCCUUUGCUAUACUGCUUGUCUUAUGCUGGUCAUAGUAGAGCACGCAUUCAGGCAUCGUGGGCGUUAUCAAAUCUGACAGCAGAAUCUGUUAUUUUACGUGAACAAUGGAUGUAUCAUGGCGCACACACCAUGAUAAACCAAUUAAAGCUCUUGUGUGCAGAAGAUAUAGUUCAUGACUUAUCGAUAGUUGAAGAUAAACGAGUACUUGGUUGGUCCCUUUCUAAUAUGUGCAGAGGUGGAUUCAAUAGUACCAAUUAUCAAGAAAUGGCAAGUAAUAUGAAUGUAUUAAAUAAUACAAUACUGAUAUGGUGCUAUCAUGAUUGUUUUUUUUCUUAA